GUUCCAUGCUCUUCCUACACCCCUCCCGCUCCACUUUCUCUCUCUUCACUCUCCAAUUUUGGAUACCGUUUGAAUUCCCAUGUUUUUCGUGAAAUCUAGAGGUUGAUUUUCACAGUAUUUGAGCCUCAACUCAUUUGCAUUCUCUGGGUUUUAUUUCUUCUCAAUUUUGGAUAAUCUUGUGUGUUUUUGUCACUCUCUUGAGUCCAAUUGGGUUGUUUGUUCUCUGUUUGGGUUUGUUUUGAUUUUUGAUUCAUUGUGGUUUUGUCAUUCUUGAGUCCAAUUGGGUUGUUCUGAUUCUGGGUUUGUUGUCCAUUUUCACCCAAUUCUUUUUUGAGUCCAAUUGGGUUGAUCUGUUUCUGGGUUUGGUUUUUUGUCCUAGGGUUUUCAAUUCUGGAGUAGUAAUUUGAUUGAUGUCACUCUCUCCAUUUUCAACUCUCCUUGAAUGAAAUUGGGUUCUUUUCGUUUUUGGUUUUAAUAAUCGAUCGAUACAUACAUAUACAAAUCUAUUGCUGGUGUCUGUUUACUUGUCUAUGUGAGAAAUGCCAGCAACAGAUUAUCAAGGUUCAUCUUCUUCCUUAUCGAAUCUGGGUCGCUCGAUUCUGAGUAUUCGGCGCGAUCAAGUUCAUUCCAUGGAAACAAUCCAUGACUCUACGAGCCAAGAGUUCGAGCUCGAGUCGUUUCAGAGACAGGUCGCUGACCAAUUCUACGAUCUAUCAUCUAUUGGAUCAGAUGGGUUGCUCUCAAUUUCAUGGAUUCGUAAACUCCUCGAUGUGUUUCUCUGUUGCCACGAGGAAUUCAGAAUGGUCUUGUUCAAGAACAAACCUUACAUGAAUAGAGCUCCAAUGGAUCGAUUACUCUCUGAGUUUUUUGAGAGAAAUGUCAAGGCUCUUGAUGUGUGCAAUGCGAUUCGUGAUGGGGUUGAGCAAAUCAGACAAUGGCAGAAACAAUUGGAGAUUGUUUUGUGUGCAUUGGACAAUCAAAGGAGUCUUGGGGAAGGCCAGUUUCGUCGCUCGAAAAAGGCCUUGAUUGAUUUGGCAAUUGGGAUGCUUGAUGACAAGGAAUCAAAUGCCAAUGUUGCUCAUAGAAACCGGUCUUUCGGGCGAACCAAUAUCCCAAAAGAUAACAGAUCAUUGGGUCAUUUUCGAUCAUUGUCGUGGAGCGUUUCACGGUCUUGGUCAGCUGCCAGGCAGCUACAGGCUAUCGGGGCAAACUUAGCUGCCCCGAAAACCAAUGAAAUCGCGGCCACCAAUGGACUCGCGGUUGCUGUGUUCACGAUGAAUUGUGUCCUUUUUUUUGUAAUGUGGGCAUUGGUGGCCGCAAUCCCAUGCCAGGACCGUGGUCUCCAAACCCAUUUUUACAUACCAAGGCAGUUUGUUUGGGCGGUUCCAAUGCUCUCACUUCACGAGAGGAUUUUGGAGGAAUCAAAGAAGCGGGAGCGUAGAAAUGCUUGUGGGUUGUUGAAGGAGAUUCAUCAAAUUCAGAUAUGUGCGCGGCACAUGAAUGAAUUGACCGACUCGGUUCAGUUCCCAUUGACGGCGGUUAAGGAAGGAGAGGUGAGACAGAGAGUGCAGGAGCUAAGGCAAGUUUUUGAAGCGGUGAAGGACGAAUUGGACCCGUUGGAACGACAGGUGAGGGAAGUUUUUCAUAGGAUUGUGCGUAGCCGAACAGAGGGUCUUGAUUUGUUUAGUAGGGGAAACCAUCCUGAGUGAUUUUGUAUGGGUUUCGUUGCCUGUUGGCACGCUAUGUAAACAAUGCGGACGGAUGCGUUCCGAAAAAGAACGAUUCUGAGGCAAUGUGCCAACAGAAUAAGGGGUUUAAGGAAGUAAAGUUUUUGUUUUUAUCAGGAUAUAUAUAUUUUGUAUAUGAAUUGGAUCUUCCAGGUCCAUGGUUGCUUUGAUCAGAUUGGUGUUGCCAAUGUAAAAUCAAAAUUUCAGAGUAAA